CAAACUAGCUGUUUGGUUUGAUCCAAAAACAGAAUAGGCGGGGCGUUCCUAACGAUGACGUGUACGCUGACUCCGCCCCCUGCUUGUGUGCAGUGAGUAGCGGAAGUUCCGCCCCGUUGUGAACUGGGACAGCAAGCGCAUCUCUUACAGUGUAUGUGUGGAAACAACAUGUCUGUGCCCCUGCUCGCCGAGGCUGUGACUUUGUCUGGAAAGGAGAAGGAGACUGCAGCGGUGAUCUUCCUUCACGGAUUAGGAGAUACAGGGCAUGGCUGGGCCGAGUCUCUGGCGAAGAUCCAGCCAAGUCACGUCAAGAUCAUCUGCCCCCAUGCGCCGAUAAUCCCGGUCACUCUUAACAUGAGGUCCAUGGUGCCCGCAUGGUUUGACCUCAUGGGUCUCAGCCCCGAUUCUCCCGAGGACGAAUCUGGAAUAAAGAGAGCGGCUGAAAACAUCAAGGCCAUAAUCGAACAUGAGGCCAGAAAUGGGAUCCCUUCAAACCGUAUCAUCCUGGGUGGUUUCUCUCAGGGUGGGGCCUUGUCCUUGUAUACCGCCUUGACCUGCCAGCAUCCGUUGGCCGGUGUUGUUGCCCUCAGCUGCUGGCUUCCACUUCACAAGAGUUUCCCAUCGGCAUCAGGGUGCAACAAGAACCUCCCGAUCAUGCAAUGCCAUGGUGACAUGGACGCCAUGAUCCCAAGGCAGUUUGGUGCCAUGACAGCAGAAAAACUUAAAUUCAUAGUCAACCCUCAAAUGGUUACUUUCAAAUCCUACCCAGGGCUCGGUCACAGUUCCUGUCCUGAGGAGAUGGCAGCUGUAAAGGAAUUUAUUGAGAAGCACUUGCCCCGGGUCUGACCUUACCUCUUCCCAACUGUUUACCCCCUCCAGACACCGACCUCUCACUCCGGAUCUGUCAGUCUCCUGCAGGAAACAGCCAUGAGCACCGCCCCUCUUCCCCACUCAUUUAUAACACGGCAAACGAACACUCAUCUCUUACUUGAUAGUAAUGUUUUGAUUCCAUCAUCCCCAACAAAUAUAUUACAUAAUUUGAACUGACAGGCAAACAAAACCAAAUUCUCCCACUUAGAGGUCGUAAUCUAUAAAGGAAAAAACAAACAUUCCCUUUUAUUUUUCCAUGUUUCCUCAUCUGGUCUUCCAUUAACCGUUUUGUCAGUUGUAGCUUUACCUCCACCUCAUUUUCUUCUUAAAUCUUUAUAGUGUUUUCAACAAUAAAGUCCAACAAGUGGCCUCCUGUUGCUGCUAGCGAACAAGGAAUUGCUAAAGCUGCAUCCAAACAUUAUGUCUCUUACUUGUUCCCACUUCCUUGUUGUCCUGGAGGAACUGGACCUUUCAAGUUCUGUGUGGUGAAAUCUUGAAGGGUGACUCACAAUUUUCAGCAAGCGUGAUAGCUGACAUUUUUGAACCACAGACUCACAGCAUUGUGUCAGUCUGUUUGGCUUUUUGGUUCUGGUCACAUUUAUGUUUCUUGCAUGACCCCGACAGUCUGAUUACAUCUCUCAUUUAAUCUAAAGAUUAGAAUUCCAUUCAAGUGCAAGGAAAGCUGAGGGAGAAGGUUUUGCACAAUGCUGUUUAGAAUGUAAAAUGCAAUGCAAACUUCUUAAAAAUUACGCACCACUUGUUCCAAGAAUUGAGAUGCAGAUCCUUUUUGAGAAAAUUGCAGCUGUGAUUCUGACAUUCAGUUCUGCUGUUUUCCAGCCCUUUGACACACAGCGUUCAGAUUCAAGCCACACAGGAGUCCAUCAGAAUCAGAAUGGCCAUUCCAGUCCCUGCAGCUUGUCUGGGUCCAACUAUGAACCCUCUCAUUGCUAACAAACUCAUAGGAGCCGAUUUUCUUUCUUUCUUUUUUUUUUUUUUUAUUGAACUUGAUUAUAACCUUGAAAUAUGUGAACAAAAUCCAUCUGAAAUAAAGGAAAACUCUUCAGUUCAUGUUUUUACUGUUCUGUGCUUUUCUUUCAAAAAAGCUUAAGACACAUCUUUUCUUAAAAUGCUUCUUUGAAAACUACUCUGAGAGCUCAAAGGUCCAUGGAAAAGGGUUGCAGUUCAGGUGGUUGCACACCUGCACAAGUCAAGUCACUGAACCUCCCUCCAUUUUUCCUUUAAAUCUGCUGAAUGAUUCUGAUCAUUUUCCUGUAGGAAAUCCUCCACAUCUGCUUCCUUCACCUCAGCAUUUAAAAUAUGCUUUAGGUUCCUAAACUCGGUUCAUAAUGUGUCAUAUUUAAACAAAUUUUGUCAUUUUGGGUUUAAAAAAUAUAUCAAUAUGAAGGAAGGAAUCAGCCAAGAGUUACAUUGAUCUUUAACCUGUUGUUAUGCAAAAUAAUCUGAUGGUUUUUAUUUUCAUUUUUGCUCUUGUGAUUUUCUUGAAUGCUCCUCAAAUCUGAUUUUAAAACCUUUAAAAUGGAGGAAUGGUGUCUGUUUUUGAUUGUUCAUCCCUUCUCUGUUAAUAUUUUCUGUCAUUCUGGUGUUGAAUUUUUCCUUCAUCUAAUCUUGUUUCCAUUCCUUCCUUGUAUUUUUCUCUUGUGUUAAACAUUGUUUCAACUUUUUUAUGUUCUGUUGAUAUUGUUUUCUUGUGGGUUUUUGUUUGUUUUGUUGUUGUAUGUUUGAGCACUCAGAUGGAGUUACUGAGGGAAGACUGAUGCCUCUCCUCUUCUUUGUUUCUAAAACACCUGUCUGCAGAAUAAAUUACCCUUAAAAUGCC